AUGGGGGGGGGUGGCCGAAGCUCUGCUCCGAAAGAGAAAAACCCACGGGACGACCACGUUUCAAAGAAGCGCGUUCCACACGCAAAACCACCGUUCAGUCUCAGCCAAGUGAAGAAGGCCAUUCCGCCGCACUGUUUCCAGCGUUCGGUGCUUCGUUCGUUCUCCUACGUCUUCUACGACCUCGCCAUAGCCUCAUGUCUUGUUUACCUCGCGCUAAAUUACUUCUCUACCCUUCCCCACAACCUCUUACUCUUGGCCUGGCCCCUCUACUGGGUCAUCCAAGGUUCCGUCCUCACCGGCGUUUGGGUCAUUGCGCACGAGUGUGGCCACCACGCUUUCAGCGACUACCAAUGGCUCGAUGACUCGGUUGGUCUCGUUCUCCAUUCGUUUCUCCUCGUGCCCUAUUUUUCGUGGAAAUAUAGCCACCGCCGCCACCACUCCAACACGGGGUCCCUUGAACGCGACGAAGUGUUUGUGCCGAAAACAAAGGCGAGCAUUCGUUGGUAUUCUAAGUACCUCAACAACCCUUUUGGGAGAGUUCUCACUCUUGUUAUUACCCUAACCCUAGGUUGGCCUCUCUACUUGGCCUUCAACGUUUCGGGUAGGAACUACGAGCGUUUCGCGUGCCACUAUGACCCUUAUGGCCCCAUUUACUCAGAUCGUGAAAGGUUUCAGAUUUACGUCUCCGAUGCCGCGAUUCUCGCCGUGUGCUAUGGCCUCUACAAGCUUGUCUUGGCCAAAGGGUUGGUUUGGGUGGUUUGUGUUUAUGGGGUGCCUUUGAUGGUGGUAAAUGGGUUAUUGGUGCUGAUCACUUUCUUGCAGCACACUCACCCUGCGGUCCCUCACUACGAUUCCUCGGAGUGGGAUUGGUUAAGAGGUGCAUUGGCCACUGUGGACAGAGAUUACGGGAUUCUGAACAAGGUUCUUCAUAACAUCACUGAUACACACGUGGCUCAUCACUUGUUCUCCACGAUGCCGCAUUACCAUGCAAUGGAAGCCACCAAGGCUAUAAAACCUGUUUUGGGAGACUACUAUCACUUUGAUGGGACUCCUAUCUAUAAGGCAAUGUGGAGAGAGACAAGAGAGUGCAUGUUCGUUGAGACUGACGAAGAUUCUCAGGCCAAAGGUGUUUACUGGUACAACAAUAAGCUUGAAUGA